AUGGCGCCCUGUAGCCAGGUGUUCGCCACUGCUGCCUCAGGCCGUAAAAGCAGCGAGCCUCAGCCUCCAGCUGCCCUCGCCGGCCUCCCAUUGUGUGCCUCCUUUGUGCGCCCACCCGCCCCUCGUUCAUUCAUGGGCCACACAGGGGACGUCCUUUCAGCCUUGUGUGUGUGUUGAGUACGCGUGCCUUGGGGAAAGCGGGUGUUGCGGGUCUCCUCCUCCUCCUCCUCCUGCCGCUGUCUCCGCGCCUCAUUGUGACACACCUCCUUGUGAUUGGCGUAGACCCCAGCGCUCCCAACAAGGGAAUGGCAGACAUUGUUGGUUCCAUCUGUUCCGCUGCUCAUUGUCCAAGUUGCUUCUGGACGGACAACACAGAUCUGCAACUGGCUGAUCCUCAUGAUUUUUAUGAAUGGAGACAUGUAGGAAGCAAGGCUGGUGCAAUUUUUUCCUGUCGUUUUUUGGUUGAUGCACUGAAGAUGUGGCACAGAUGAGUCCAGCUUUGUGAGACGGCUGCGGUCAGCCCGGCGUGACGGAUGUCCGAGACAGCUCCAUGGGCCAGAAGAAUCAUGAGGAGGCAGAAGCAGGACAUAUCCUCGACCUGGGGCUUGAGUAUCUCCAUGUAGUAGGUGCUGAGCGGCAGGCUGGCAUCACCGACGGGCCUGCUGCCAUGGAGGAGCAGGAGGACAUCAACCUCAGCGCCACCUCUACCCCCCAGGAAAGUUCUGAGGCAGAGGGUGGGCCACAGGUGUCUUACGGUCCUGCGCUGACUGGCAGCCUCAACCCAAACGGGGGCGAGAGCUGCUUGACACACGGUAAGAGCAUCCACCAGCCGCUGUGUCGCACACAGUGUGUGGACUUGGGCACCGAAGGGCCUCCGGAGCCACCGACCCAACUUCAGCCAUCAGAGCUCGAGCAAGAUCUCAAGAUCCCUCAACUCCAGCAUGCUCCUGAGCCCCAGUCCAACCCCUCUGCAUCCGAACCUGCCCCUACCGCUGCGGACAAGGAGUAUCGAGCCAAACUGGAUUUUGCGCUCAAGCUGGGCUACUCCGAGGAGACAGUGCGGCUGGUCCUGUCCAAGCUGGGGCCGCAUACUCUCAUUAACGACAUACUCGGGGAGCUGGUCAAACGAGGCCCUUCAGAUGGCGAGCAACCGGUUGGGUCGUUGGCCUCCACCUCAACAUCUUCGUCGUCCUGUUCCUCUUACAGUUCCUCCGAUUUGCAGACAAGUCAGCGAUUGGACUCGCCAUGUCCGCCAGAGUCUGUCUGCGACCAGGAAAACCUGCGACCCAUCGUUGUGGACGGUAGUAACGUAGCUAUGAGCCACGGCAACAAGGAGGUGUUCUCCUGCCAAGGCAUCCAACUGGCUGUUGACUGGUUUUUAGAACGUGGCCACCAUGAUGUUACAGUUUUUGUUCCAGCAUGGAGAAAGGAGCAGUCCCGGCCAGAUGCCCCGAUAACAGAUCAGGAGAUCUUGCGGCGCCUGGAGAAGGAAAAGAUCCUCGUGUUCACGCCUUCGCGCCGCGUCCAAGGUCGACGCGUGGUCUGUUACGACGACCGCUUCAUCGUCAAGCUCGCUUACGAAUCGGACGGCAUCAUCGUAUCCAACGACAACUACAGAGACCUCGCCAACGAGAAACCCGAGUGGAAGAAGUUCAUCGACGAGCGACUGCUCAUGUACUCCUUUGUCAAUGACAAAUUCAUGCCCCCAGACGACCCCCUGGGGCGCCAUGGUCCCAGCUUGGACAAUUUCUUGCGGAAAAGAGCCGUGGUGCCGGAGCAGAAGAAGCAGCCUUGCCCGUACGGUAAAAAGUGCACAUACGGACACAAGUGUAAGUACUACCACCCGGAGAGAGGCGCUCAGCCGCAGCGCGCCGUAGCUGACGAGCUGCGAGCCAGUGCCAAGACGUGCGUCUCCACCAAGAACCAGGGAGACGCGGGGUUAGUGAAGAGCCACAGCGUGCCGGCUGGUAGCAUCGAGGCGAAGAAAGGUGUGGCAAAACGGCAGUCGGACCCUGGCGUGCGAGCUCUGUCGUACAGCGACGCGGAGGAGAAGUUGUCCGCAAAGGGGAGGACUGAUAGUCAGAAGACCAACGUGUGCGCUAGUGGUAAUCGUGGCGGUACUGCGAGCGCGUCCCCAGCCCCAGGAGGCCAGGAUGAACAGUCCCGAGCAAGCACUCCUCACUGUGUCGCCCCAGCCCCCAGUCACGACCUUUACCCCCACUGCGAGUCCCCAGACCUCAACUACUACUCGGUCGCGCGUGCUUACAGCGGCCUUCGCAUCUCGUCCAGACGGAGCCCGGAAGCCCGCUUCCCCAUCGACGGCGACCUGCGUUUGGGCUCCAUGGGGUCUGCCGGCUCGGAAUGCGGCAGUGAAAGCAGCGCAAGUUGCGGCAGCAGUUGUGACUCGUACGGCGAGCGGCCGUGUCACACCUGCCCCCAGGACGCCUUGGCGGACGACGGCGGCCAUUACGCCAGUCCCCACUGCCGGUCAUAUUUCCGUCAGACCGCAUCAAGCCACGAACUUUGCAGCUUUCAUUUAAACGAUUACGCAAAUGUCCCACACGGUCACGUGACUAACGCCCACAGCUACCACAGCGGAGCAGUACGGGGUCAAAGCUGGACUCACGAUCAGGCGUCCGACGCUGGACCAAAGCGGCCACUCUACCCGUUACCGCUUCAUUUCCAGCACCAGCCGCUCGCCGCACGCUCCAGCUGCCCGGGUGACUACCACACAGUGACGCCUCCCAACCCUCCCGGCUCUCCCAUUGGUCGCUGCCUGGCCCCCACCAGAGCGGGGAGUGCAUCAGACUCUCAUCUGUACGAGCAUCCGUACGCAUCCCACCAUCUGAAAACUCUGCCCACCUGGGACGCGUAUUACGGCGAGCCGCCACCGCCGCCACCUCGGUACGCGCCGGGUGCCUAUCAGAGCUUGCCGGACAACUGCCAGGCGUCAUGGCACUCACCUCACUGGGCACAAGACAGCUACACGCCACCGCACUCGUCUCAUCCCGUGCACUAUUUAAGCCACCCGCCCCACCUCGCACAAUCGCCACACCCCGAGUCGCCCGCACACGGCCGCUACGGGGACGCCAGGGAGAAAGCGUACACCAACCUGUGCAACAUCUUCCCCUCGGAGCUGGUGUGCCGGGUGAUGGCGAGGAACCCCCACGUCACGGACCCCCAGCAGCUUGCCGCCGCAAUCUUGGCGGAGAAAGCUCAGACGGGCUACUAAGGUGUUGCCAUUUUGUCGGCGUGUUGCGUGCUGUAUCACGUGUAAGUUGCAGACUAAAAUUGUGUCUUUGUUGUUGAGCUCUUUUGUCGACCGACGACAUCUCUUUGGCCCAAAUAGUCGCCGUGGAGAUUGGCUACCCUGUGGUGUGUACCUUAGUUUUAGUAAGGGACAUCUCUUUCUCUUUGUAGCCUGCUGAGAAACCAGCGUCCUGGACAUUGGUUCUCAGCAGGAUAUAUACAUACUGUAUACAUAUUUACAAACAUACACACACUUGUUUCUGUUGGGUCGGCUGCAAUGUGCUACAGACGGAAUGUCUCAGUGUACGCAGUGUAAAUAUAUUUAAUUGCUCCGGGCUGUAGCGCCUUCCAGACCGAUGCACCAUGAGCCCUAGUUGAUACAAAUUGUAUCAGGAAGUGAGUCGCUGACGUCAUACAGUAUGUUGACUUGUCACUCCAUGUGUAUCCCACACUCUCCAUGUAGUAAAGUUCCAGGUCAUGAGCUGUUUGCGGAUAUACUAUCGCAGUUGUGGGUCUACUUUGUGUAGGGAGGAUAACUGCGUUGGGCGUUUGGGUCGGAGGUUUCUUUUCUGCGGCGUCUCUGCCAAGGGGGACGUUUUGAUUAUCAAGCAAGCAAUAUGAAGCUGCUUUUCUUGCAGCGUGUUGGAUAAGAUACUGCGGAAAAGAAGCUACCCCCCACCCCCCAAAAAAAAUGUGUGUAACAAAGAAGCGCCUUCGCUCGCGCCUGCUGGCACCGUGUGUCAGCGUGGCCCGCGAGCGUGGGCCCAAAGUAAUGCCACUACUAUGGCAUCGUGCUUACGACACAUCCAAUACUCUGAACUAUGUUCAGCUAACCGUUGUGCAUGUUUCCGCUCCUUUUUAUUUUUGCACGCGUGUAUCGCAGCUAGGCCUGGGCGACGUUAUCGAUAAAUUUGAGUUUUCUGUUCCAUUUUUUAUUUUUUAAAAUUUUAUUAAAUCAACAUAGAAAAAACACAAGAUACACUUUCAACUAGUGCAGGGGUCGGCAACCCAAAAUGUUGAAAGAGCCAUAUUGGACCAAAAAUACAAAAACAAAUCUGUCUGGAGCCGCAAAAAAUUAAAAGCCAUAUUACAUACAGAUAGUGUGUCAUGAGAUAUAAAUUGAAUUAAGAGGACUUAAAAGAAACUAAAUGACCUCAAAUAUAGCUACAAAUGAGGCAUAAUGAUGCAAUAUGUACAUAUAGCUAGCCUAAAUAGCAUGUUAGCAUCAAUUAACUUGCAGUCAUGCAGUGACCAAAUAUGUCUGAUUAGCACUCCACACAAGUCAAUAACAUCAACAGAACUCACCUUUGUGCAUUCAUGCACAACCUUUGGUGGACAAAAUGAGACAGAAAAAGAAGUGGCAUAAAAAACGUCCUAGAAAGUCGGAGAAAGUUAUACACGUAAACAAACUACGGUGAGUUCAAGGACCGCCAUAAUUAGUAGGACAAAACGGCGCUCGCCACAUACUCGAAUCAGUGAAGCAUGUUUAAUACAAACAGUGUGCUUUAUAACAAUUAGGGAGGUUUGUGUCAUGUUUGUUCUCCUACAGAAACCAUAUUAAAACAAAAAAUAUAUUUUUCCCCCUCAUCUUUUUCCAUUUUUCAUACAUUUUUGAAAAAGCUCCAGAGAGCCACUAGGGCGGCGCUAAAGAGCCGCGGGUUGCCGACCCCUGAACUACUGCAUCAACCCCCCAAAAAACUCCCUCCCCCAUUCACACUCAUCCACACCCACUCACACAAAAGGGGUUAUUUCUUACUGCUACCAAUAUUCUGGUUCCCACACGUCUGCAGGGGACACAGUCCCUGAAGCACACAUGAUUGUAUGUGUUGCUGGUCCACUACCAUUUUCAUUAAUUACUAUUUUUUAUGUAAUUAUUUUUAUAUUAUUUUACUUUCUUUUUUAUCCAACAAAAUGUUUAUUUAUUUAUCUUAUUUUAUUUUAUUUAAACAAAAAACAAAAAAAAAAAAAGGACCCUAUCUUCAUCAGACCAGGUUGUAAAUGAAAUUAAAUUUGUUUAAAGGGUUUUUAAAACCAGGUCCAGUCCAGAUAAUGUCUAAGUCGGGCUCAGCAACACACACCUUCAUUCAUGUACAAUGAAAAUAAAAAAUUAGGGAACACAACAAAUUGCAUAUAAUAUACAAACAAAUUUGCAUUUUCAGAAAAAGCAUUUAUGUACAGUCCAGAUUAUGUCCAGGUCACUCAAAUUAGGGAACACAACAACAGAUAGAUAAACUAUGAACAUACCAUAUUUUUCGGACUAUAAAUCACAGUUUUUUUCAUAGUUUGGCAGGGGGUGCGACUUAUAGGAGCGACUUAUGUGUGAAAUUAUUAACAUGUUACCGUAAAAUAUCAAAUAAUAUUAUUUAGCUCAUUCACGUAAGAGACUAGACGUAUAAGAUUUCAUGGGAUUUAGCGAUUAGGAGUGACAGAUUGUUUGGUAAACGUAUAGCAUGUUCUAUAUGUUAUAGUUAUUUGAAUGACUCUUACCAUAAUA